ACGGAAGGAAAGCCACCUUACUCUUACGCAACCCUUAUCAAGUAUGCUAUUGAAAACAGCUCAAGAAAAAAGCUGACACUCAGUGAAAUUUACCAGUGGGUCAUUGAUCAUUAUCCCUACUAUGGUUCAGCUGGUACUGGCUGGAAGAACUCAAUUCGCCACAAUUUGUCGUUGAAUAAGAGCUUUGUACGUGUGCCUAGACCUAUUAAUGAGCCUGGAAAAGGUUCUUAUUGGCAAGUUGAUUAUCGUGCUGCUGAAGCCGAAAUGCGGUCUAAAUCAACCAUGACUGUUCGUGGUCGUGCUAAUCGGUCCGGUAGUGAC